AUGCCCUCGCAAAUAUUUGAAGGGGCGGUGAAAAAGAGCGCGUGCGUCUCUGGGGUCCGGUGGGACCCUCUGGGGUCCGGUGGGUCCUCUGGGGUCCGGUGGGUCCUCUGGGGUCCGAUACAAUGGAACUCCCAGAGCCCAGAGUUCCGCGAGAAAUUCCUCUUCUCCCUCGAGGAUCCCAGCGAGACUGAGACCCGGACCCUCGCCUUCUACCUCCACGUCGUCUCCCCGGACGAGGGGAAGGGGACAGGGUUGCCAGGCAGGGAUUUGGAUUCCUAUUCCCUCCUGGGCGAGGCCCUGCUCCCACUCAAAGACGUGCCGCUCUUCUCAGCUUAUUCCAACUGGCUUCCCCUUCACGACGUCUUUCACCAGAAGCCUGUAGGGCUGGGUGAGGUGAUGUGCUCGUUGAGCUACCUGCCGACGGCCGAGAGGCUCACCGUCGUCAUCGUCAAGGCCCGCAGUCUCCUUCCCCUACCGAAUCAUUCCACCGUCGAUCCCUACGUCAAGGUGUAUCUUCUCCAGAGCGGAAAGAAAGUGCAGAAGAAGAAGACGUCGACGAAGAAGAACGACCCAGCCCCGGUCUACAACGAGGCCAUGAUCUUCAGCGUCCCCCAUUCGACUCUGCACAUCACUUCCCUGAGGCUGGUGUUGUUGGAUGCGAAGGAGGAAGGGAACGAGGGGAUCCUGGGGUUGGUCGUCCUGGGUCCCAAAGCCACAGGAAGGGCCUAUUCGCACUGGAACCAGAUGAUGACCUCCCUUCGUAAGCCCAUCGCCAUGUGGCAUCCCAUCCAGUGCAAGAAGAAGAAUCUGAUCACGGAAACCUCUCAUUCCAAAGCGUUGGGGUAUUACUUCCCAUUCCUCUCCAAGGGCUAUAGAGGGCCUGAUCGUCCUCUGGAUGCAGAAGAUUGGGACCGGAACAUGGCCGCAAAAGGAAAGUUCCUGAACGCCCGGCUCUCGCAGCUGGCCCACGCCCUCGACUACCCGGAUGAAGAGUGCGGGAUCGCCCACAGAGACGUCAAGGGCGAGAACGUGCUCGCGACCCAUCGCUUGAACGCGAAGCUGUCGGAUUUCGGAUUCGCGCGCCGGGCGAAUGGAGUCGACCCGGUCACCGGCCGGACGCAGUGCGGCACUUUGCCGUAUGCCGCGUCGGAGAUGAUCCGCCGAGAGGCUGUGGACGCCUGGUUCUCCGGGGUCGUCCUCGCCAAAAUUAGCGCGGCCUUUCCCUUCGAGACGCAGAGAUGCAGCCUGCAAGAGGCAAGGAGCGUUCGGAUCUCAUAG